GCCGAGCCUUGCCUCCCUCCCAGCCGCUCUUGCUUCAUCGCUCCAGUUGCCCGGUGCCGGUCUGCGUGUCUCAGCCCUUCUCCACCCGCGUCACCAGUCCAACGCGCACACUGAAACAGAACUCUGAAAAUUGUUGUGUAUGCGAGACCAAGUUGUCUGCUUCAAAUUUGCGCCAUAGUGUGUGGCAGCCUCGUGCCGCGAGUGUUGGGCCACUGGUGGAAAGGAAUUUUGAUCUGUGCCCUCGACUGAAAGAAGAGAGAGAGAGAGAGAGAGAGAGAGAGAGAGAGAGAGAGAGAGAGAGAGAGAGAAUCAUAAAAGUUACGUUUGGGCGAUUCAGCAACAGUAACGACAACAGCGUACAAAGCAAGAGCAACAGGUCUGAUCCGACACGCCGCCAUCAACACCGCCAGCUCGCGUGCGGUCGGGCGGUCCGUCUAUCGGUCGGUCGGUCAGUCGGCGUCUGGCUUCUGUGCUGGUGAUGCGCGUCGGGCCAUGCCGCUGCCGCUGAACGGUGUCGAGCAGAGAGCCGCCAAUCCCCGCGCCAACAUGGGUUCUUUGGAGAUGCUGGAGAUUCUCGCCAAGAAGGACGACCUUAUCAAAGACCUCGAGAAGAAGCUCAAGGUGAAAGAUGACGAGAUAACGGAGCUUCGUUCGCAGCUCGACAAGUUUCAGAGCGUCAUCCCCUACUCGGCUGGGUCUUCCUCCAAGGACCAGCCUCGCAAGACCCGAGCCCAGGGCAUCUCCGCUGAGCCCCAGGCCCUCAGGACCAUUCAAGAGCUGUCGGAAUUGAGCCAAACCACCUUCCCGGAGGUGGCCAAAUCGCAAAGAUCGAAGGACCUCCUGCGUCAGGCGAUCCUGGAGAAUGACUUCCUCAAGAACCUGGAGAUCGGGCAGGUGAAGGAGAUCGUGGAGUCCAUGUACAGCGUCACCUACGAGGAGGGCUCUCUCAUCAUCAAGGAGGGCGACAUCGGCUCCAUGCUCUACAUUAUGGAAGAGGGCCGCGUGGAGGUCAGCAAGGAAGGAAAGGUGCUUUGCUACAUGUCCCCCGGCAAGGUCUUCGGAGAGCUGGCCAUCCUCUACAACUGCAAGCGAACAGCCACCAUCAAAGCCGCCACAUCAUGCAAACUCUACGCCAUCGACCGCAAGUGCUUCCAGACCAUCAUGAUGCGAACCUGUCUCAUACGGCAAGCAGAGUACACCAACUUCCUAAAGAGCGUGCCCACCUUCCAGUCGCUACAAGAGGAAACGCUCAUCAAGAUCGCCGAUGUCUUGGAAGAGACUUACUACACCCAGGGUGACUACAUCAUCCGGCAGGGUGCAAGGGGUGACACAUUCUUCAUUAUCAGCAAAGGCAGGGUGAGGGUGACCAUGAAGAGUCCUGGCACACUCGAGGAGAAGUACAUCAGAAAUCUUGAGAAGGGAGAGUUCUUUGGGGAGAAGGCACUCCAGGGAGAGGACAUCCGCACAGCCAACAUUAUUGCCGAUGAUCCAGAUGGUGUGACAUGUCUGGUGAUCGACCGAGACUCCUUCAAGCAACUAAUAGGCAACCUGGAGGAGAUCAAGCAGUACUAUGGACCUGACAUAUCAAGGAGAAAGAUGAAUGAGGAAUUUUCCUCUGUUGAGCUCGCAGAUCUACGUAAAAUUGCCACGCUGGGUGUUGGAGGCUUUGGUCGAGUGGAACUUGUACAAAUUGCAGGAGACUCAAGUAGAUCAUUUGCCCUCAAGCAGAUGAAGAAGAGCCAGAUUGUUGAGACUCGCCAGCAGCAGCAUAUAAUGUCUGAAAAGGACAUAAUGUUGGAAGCAAAUUGUGACUUCAUUGUGAAGCUUUUUAAGACCUUUAAGGACCGUAAAUACCUCUACAUGCUGAUGGAGUCCUGCCUAGGAGGAGAACUUUGGACGAUUCUCAGGCGACAGGAGCGUCACCAGCGACGUGGACUCGGCUUUGGUUGCUUGUUGAGGUAAAAUAAGGUUGAAGUU